UGUUCAACUUACACUUUGUAAUAGCUUUUUACAUAUAAAUGCUGACUAGCUAUUUGCAGCUUCCUUAAUUUUUCCCAAUUUGGUUUCGUUCCACAGAGAAUACAUGUGGAAAUCCCAACGCCCUGUUGAAUAGCAUUUAAAAUGAUAGGGAACCUUUUGCCUUGAACUCAGUUUAACUCAGUAUUGCUAGAGGUCGAGGAGGUUGUGAGUACUGGCUUGGCGGUCUGAUUGCUGAAGAAGAGUUAGUGUUAGGCUUGGUGUGGGAAAUGUGCCUGCAGGAGGAAGUAACUCUCUUACCUUAGGGGGUGGUGCCUUGCAGGGCACGGAUGACACAUCUUUAGUUAAUCUGAGACGACUUGGCUUGCUACUGCUGAUGUUUCUUUUUUUAUAUAUGCUGCCUGCUGUUUCCCGUGGAGAUCAUGAAACGACGACGGCUUCCCAGCAGCAGUGAGGAUUCUGACGACAAUGGCAGUCUGUCCACCUGGUCCCAGCAUUCCAGAUCUCGACAUCGGAGGACUUCGUGUUCCAGACAUGAAGAUCGAAAACCUUCUGAGGUGUUCAGAACGGACCUGAUCACUGCCAUGAAGUUACAUGACUCCUUCCAGCUGAACCCUGAUGAAUACUAUGUGCUGGCAGACCCCUGGAGGCAGGAGUGGGAAAAGGGAGUUCAGGUGCCAGUUAGCCCAGGGACCAUCCCAGAACCAGUAGCCAGGGUCGUGUCUGAGACAAAAGCUGUCACCUUCACGCGUCCCAGGAAGUACAUCGUUUCGUCGGGUUCGGAGCCUCCAGAGCUGGGCUACGUUGACAUUCGAACCCUAGCAGACAGCGUGUGUCGCUACGAUCUCAAUGAUGUGGACGUAGCAUGGCUGCAGCUUGCCAAUGAAGAAUUCAAAGAAAUGGGGAUGCCCGAGCUGGACGAGUUCACGAUGGAGAGGGUGAUAGAGGAGUUUGAACAGCGAUGCUACGACAACAUGAACCACGCCAUCGAGACGGAGGAAGGACUCGGGAUCGAGUACGAUGAAGAUGUUGUCUGUGACGUCUGUCAGUCCCCAGAUGGAGAAGAUGGCAACGAAAUGGUGUUUUGUGACAAAUGCAACAUUUGUGUGCACCAGGCGUGUUACGGGAUCCUGAAGGUGCCGGAGGGCAGCUGGCUGUGCCGGACCUGCGCGCUCGGCGUCCAGCCCAAGUGUUUGCUGUGUCCCAAGAAGGGAGGUGCCAUGAAGCCAACCCGGAGCGGCACCAAAUGGGUCCAUGUUAGCUGUGCUCUGUGGAUUCCAGAGGUGAGCAUUGGAAGCCCAGAAAAAAUGGAGCCCAUUACGAAGGUUUCUCACAUUCCCAGCAGCAGGUGGGCGCUGGUGUGCAGCCUUUGUAAUGAAAAAGUUGGAGCAUCUAUACAGUGUUCAGUGAAGAACUGCAGAACAGCCUUUCAUGUCACUUGCGCGUUUGACCGUGGCUUAGAGAUGAAGACCAUACUGGCAGAGAACGAUGAGGUGAAAUUUAAGUCCUACUGUCCCAAGCACAGCUCCACCAAGAAAGGGGAUGAUGAGACUUUCAGUGAAAGCCCAGGCCAGGAGAACGGGAACGGGAUUCGAGAGAGUUCUCUUCCUGCCCACAUCGACCCUUUCCACAGCAUGGAUCAAAACCAGGAGGAGGCCCACAGAGUCAGCCUCCGCAAGCAAAAGCUCCAGCAGCUGGAGGAUGAGUUCUAUACGUUUGUUGAGUCUUCGGAAGUGGCUAAAGUGCUGCGGCUGCCCGAGGAGCCGGUGGGAUUCCUGUACCAGUACUGGAAGCUGAAGAGAAAAGCCAACUUUAAUAAGCCUUUGAUUACCCCAAAGAAGGACGAAGAGGACAAUCUGGCUAAACGGGAACAGGACGUUCUGUUCAGAAGGUUGCAGCUCUUCACACACCUCCGGCAGGACCUAGAGCGGGUGCGUAAUCUCACUUACAUGGUGACCCGAAGGGAAAAAAUCAAGAGAUCUGUUUGCAAAGUUCAAGAACAGAUAUUUAAUAUCUACGCAAAGCAGUUGGAACAAGAAAGAGUUUCAGGUGUGCCUUCCUCAUUCCCCUCAAUGGAAACCACGGUGUUGUUCAACAGUCCAUCUUUGGGCCCCAACGCCCCCAAGAUCGAGGAUUUGAAAUGGCAUUCUGCCUUCUUCAGGAAACAGAUGGGCACAUCUCUAACCCACGCCUUGAAAAAGCCACACAAGAGAGACAGAAUAAGAAACAGCUCUGGGAGUGACGGGAAGUCCACGCUGAGGCAGCCCGGCCAAAGGGAGGGCAGUGCAGCUCCCGCCAGCUUCUUAAACUUUGACAAGACCUUUGCAGAGACGCGGAUUGUAUCAGCACAGCAGAAGAACGGCGUAGUUAUACCAGACCACAGAAAAAGAAGAGACAAUCGUCCACAGUGUGAGGUGAUCAAGGCAGAACUAAAGGAAAAGACUUCUAAACACAACCACAAACCGCUGAGACCCACGGAACUCUCUCAGAGGCAAUCGGAAAACAAAAGGGCUACGAACCACUCCAGCGGUAGGUCAGCGCCUGGCACGCGGAGGGAUAUAGUGCCUAAAUGCAACGGGGGCCUCGUGAAAGUAAACUCUAACCAGACAGUAGUUAAAGUGCCUACGACACCCACCAGCCCGGUGAAAAACUGGGGCGGAUUCCGAAUUCCAAAGAAGGGGGAGAGACAACAGCAGGGCGAGAGCCCGGAGGAGACCUGCCGCCAGAACUCCAGCUACCCCUACCUGGGCGUGGGCAGAGUUUCACCCAAGGACAGGGCAAAAAGCAAGCUAAAGCCCGACAGCGAGAAUGAUGGGUACGUCCCCGACGCCGAAAUGAGCGACUCGGAGACCGAAGUGGCUGAAAAAAAGUGCAGGCAGCAGAGGCUCAGUCCAAACAGCGGCAUCAGCAGAAGGACGGACAUUAUUAGGAGAAGCAUCCUGGCAUCCUGACUGAAGGCAGGGACGCGGCGUCAGCAGCGCGGUCGGUAGAGUCACUGCCUACCAGCCAACUCCACAUUAUUUAUUGGUGUGAGAGAGGAGAGUUCUUGGACAUGGCUACAGACUGACAAAUUGAUAACCCUUUAUUCCUGAGCUGUGUAAACAUGUUUACAUGCACUUAAAAGCUGGGGUUUUUUUGCCCCUCCCCCCAGUUCUGUGAGAAGUUUAAAUCUCCUUUAUUUGCAACUUCCCCGAGUAAGCAGAGAAAUGCCAUCACUAUUAAACCCGGAUUUGUGAUGAACACUAAAGUAACUCACAAAAACCUUUUGGAAGGGGCUAGGGUGGGUAGGGGGAAGUAGGCUGCAUUCACCCCUUUUAGCUAAAAAGCACUGAUAAAAUUUUACUCCCUUCCCCUGCCUUCUGGAAAAGCACAAGCUCUUAAUUUAACUAGCACGUACUGGACUGACGAUGGUGGUUUAACCAUACUGCACUGCUAAACCCCAGUACGAAUGGUCACUUCCCUUGGAUGAGGGUAGGGCUUUCUCUGCAGAAGGUUUUCUGUUGCAUUCAGCUUAAGCGCAGACGGCAGCGCAGAACCCUCCACGAGCUCCAGAGUUUACAUGUAAAUACACCUGCCAGGUGACCAGAUCUAACCAGGACGUCACACUGGAGGAGGAAGGGAAGGUCAGGGCUGCAGCUGCCUGACAGUGCAACAGCUCGAAAAGCCUCCGGCUGAGCCCAGGGGACACACUCAAAGGGCAGGGGCAGAGGCACCGCACGGAAUAACCCCUUUAGUCAGUCACCUGCCUCCGGGAGUACGAUGACAAUUCAUGGAAAAAUGUUCUAAGGCACUAGUCAGUAGGAUUUCCCAAAGCCCACCGGAUAUGCACUAAUGGUAUGUAUUGGGAAAGCCAGGCUUAUGACACUAAAGGGUUGCUUUAAAAUGGACAUGAAUAUAUAUUUUUAAAUAGAUUAAAAUGGAAAGGCAAUAAAUUGCGAUUAGCUCUUUACAGUCAAAUGAAGAAAAAAAAGUAUUUCAUUCUAUCCUGGACUAGAUUUGAUGGAAGAGGGAACUCAUAUUCUGAUUGUGUACUUUUUUUAAUAAUUGCAAAUGGCAAUAACUAGUAAGCUAUGAGCAAUAAUAAUAUGAACAGAUCAUUAGGAUACUGUUUUGUACCAAGUAGAGGGCACAUGUAAGAGUGGAGUGUUAGGAGCCUGUACGUUUUGGAACUCUGCCUGGAUGUAAGUCAGGUCUGUACUGGGGAGUAAGUUUCAGCAGCGACGUGUUCCAGAAAGACAGGCAUAAGAACCCCCUUCCGCCCCCGCUCCCCAGCCUGCCCUUACCACAUCCACUCCCCUUGCCUCUCGAGGCAUUCAAAACACAGAACUCUGCCAUAACUGAGUCUUCCAGAGGAUUCCAUAAAAAAAAAAAUAAAAAAAAAAGGCAAAAAAAAAAAAGAGGCUUAUAACACCCUAUCUUGCUAUGCAAGUUAGCACUGAAUUAAAUAUUUCAACAAAAUGCAUCCCUAUCCUUUGUUUUAAAACUCAAAAGUCUUAACCUUUUGAUACCUUUUGGGAUGAUGUUGAGGAAGGGGAAUUUUACGAAAGAUAGUGUACUUUUAAAAUACCACUGCUGGUCCCAAGAAGUUAGAUUAACUUCCUGUCUUACAGAUAUGAAAGUCAAACAGGGCACUGGUGAAUGUGAAAUUAUAUAGUCACUCUGGGGAUACUCUUGGGAUGUGUUAAAAGAGAAGUACUUAUUUGAUCAACCACCACCAGACAGACAAAAUGUAAAUGCAGGUAAGUUCCACUGGACACACAGCAAUGUUUUCCAGACGGGCACUGCUGUUUUCUCUAAGAAGGAAGCUCGUGACCAUAUAGGGAAUUGUUUGUCAAGCCAUAGAAGGAAUAAUCUAAAUUUUGAUUCUAAGUAAACAUUUAACCUCACACCAGUUUGGAAGAGGUACCUUGUUAAUUUGCACUAUUAUGAAUGCUAAUGUUGUGCAGAAUUAAUGCCUUAUCUGUUUUGCUCCCCGAAGUUUAGGUUAAUAAGCUUUCUAAUGUUUCAAGUUAAGCUGAACCAAAACCAAAAAAGCUGUCAGAGGAGUGCAGUAGGAGCAGCUCUGUAGGUUAGUUUUGUCUCCCACGCUUAACCCUCAGCAGAAGAGGUGUCCUAAGUCCAGCAGUGACAAUACAAACCCACCCCUCUCUUCUAUUGGGAUAGACCCAUUUGCUGAAUUUCUGUUUUUAAGCAUUACCUUUCCUUGUGCAGACUGACCAAGAGAUCUUUGACUACGAUUGGUGUAUUCUGUCAAGCUGUAGGCUAGUUGAACUUCUGUAGAGUUGCCUGGAAUGCCGUUUGUUAGGUUAUGAACUCACACGAAUCUAAAUGAAGGGUUAUACGUGUUGUGUAUAAAUCUUAAUUUCAGAAAUUUGAGAAAAUUGUCAUUACAUUUGUAAAACCUUGUACAGAAGAUUUUUCACUAUGUGCCUAGCUUUGGUGUCCAUUCAGCUGAAAUUAAUUAAAAAAAAAAGGUGCAUGAAGAGAAACAGAUAGAAAUAAAAAGUAUAUGUAGAGAUGACUAUUUUAUAUUACAUGGCCCAAUCCUGUAUUUAUUUUCUCCCUUUUUUGAAGUAUUUAUAAAGACCUAGUUGAAGACAGCUGUAUUUUUUGUUAAAAUAUUCAGUAGAAUUGUGCCUUUUUGUCUGUAUGUGAAUAAAUGCUGUACAUUUUUGCAGUA